CAAGAACUCUACUACGAAUAUCUUCAAGCCGUCACCAUGCCUUCUGCAACAGGUAACAAGCGUGUCAAGGGCGUCUCCGUCUUCCGCCCAUUCAUCUUCGGCAGCGAAGCGCAACCCUUCGACCCCGAGAAACGACCCGCCAACACCCCCGUCGACCACACCCACCAAUGGCGCGUCUUUGUAAAGGGCGUCAACGAUGAAGACAUCUCCUACUGGUUGAAAAAGGUGCAAUUCAAGCUCCACGAAACCUACGCGCAAGCCGUACGAACCAUCGAAGCACCCCCCUUCGAAGUCGUCGAGACCGGCUGGGGUGAAUUCGAAAUCCAAAUCAAGCUCUACUUCGCCCCAGAAUCGGGCGAAAAGCCCCAAACGCUCUGGCAUAGUUUGAAACUACACCCCUACGGCCCGGAUGCGGAGGGUAUGAAGGAGCGGCGGGAGGCGGUUAUUAGCCAGAAUUAUGAGGAGGUCAUUUUUAAUGAGCCCGUUGAGCCAUUUUAUGAGCUGCUGACGGGUGCUCAGCCGGCUGGGACGCCGGCGGCGUCGAGGGGGAAGGGAAAGAAUGCGAAGCAGCCAGGUCGGACGGCGGAGAUUCCGUUGAGUGAUUCGCCGAAGAACCCGUAUAGUCGGGCGACGGAGGGGAAGGAAUUGGAUCGCAUGUCGGAGGCAAUCAAGACGGUCGAUCAGAUGAUCAAGGAGGAGAAGGAGAAGCUGGUUGAGCGGGAGAAGUAUUUGGCGGAGCUCAGGGAGAGUGAGGGCGUGCCUGCUGCCACAAAGAAGAGAUGAUUGUGUCUCAUGAGCAGGAACACUUUUCAUCAUGCCAUUCCAGGCUAUGAUCUCGACUCAUACUCCGCUUCCCUGCACACCUUGGACACCUUUCCGACCACCAUACAGUACGAUCCGGAACGUUGAUCCUGUGAGGCUGCUCAACAGCGGCAACUUUUCUCAAGACCCGUUACACAUAUGGCUCUGGACGAUCACCAUUUACGAGAGCUCUGGGUGUCCCAGGAGAUAUUAGAUCCUGGUCCAAGUUUGCCUUGCCCAGAGUAUCGUUACCAACCAUUCCGUCUAGAGACCGGUUUCUCACUCCCCAGAUUCUCCCGGCAGAAGGCUGGCAUUGCCACGCCAAGAUCUCGAGAUCGCCCCAGAGUCGUGCGGACUGCUGUAUACAAAGCGCGAGAGACAGCAGAAUGUAUCUGGGUUGGAAAUACUAGGCGAACCCUUAGCAACCUAGGACCCACCUACUAUUGUCCCUUCAAAAUUGAGAAUAGCAAAGCUUAACACAUCCAUCUGUACUCUUUCCCACUCAGAACCGC